AAAGAAAUGCAAAUCUAUGAUACCCUUAUUACCAGUUGCAAUAGUAAAAUUAAGAUUAUUCAAGAAAAUAUAUCAAAUAUGACUAAUGCAUACCAUGAUAUGAAAUCAGAGUGGAUGUUAUUAUCAAGAAAUCUUAAAACAUCUGAAGAUGCAUUAACUUUUGAUUGUACAAAUAUAAAAAAAUUGCAUAAUUCCAAUGUAGAUUAUGAUAAAAAAUGGACAAAAGCCUUCGAAAGCUUAUGUUUAAAAGUCAACACGAUAAAAGAUGCUAUUGAACACAUUUCAAAGAGAUAUGACUCUAUUAAACGUAGAAAUAAUAAUAUAGAUUUUCAAAAAAUGUUUAGAAAAGCCAGGACUAUUCCUGAAGUUGAAUCAAUAUUCAAUGAUAUAAAACAAAAUUAUGAACAUAUAAGAAGAAUAUUGAAGGGCGACUUCAGCAUUGGUGACAAUCCUGAUGUUUGUAAAAACCUUAAAAAAGCAAUAAUUUUAUUUAUAAGUGCCAGAGAAAAGAACAUGCUCAAAGAUCAAGAUAUGAGAAUGAAUAUACUAUUUAUACUUGAUCUGGAUGCUGAAAUUACAAAAAUUUUAUCUACUAUUAACAGUGCUAUAAGCAAUAUUGUUAAUUUAACUAAUGAAUUAACAGCAAUAAAUGCUAGCCGACAACAAGAUAUUUGGGCACAAAUUAAUGUGCAAACAAAUAUAUCAAAUGAAUCAGCUGACAAUCCAGAGAAAAUACUGGAUUUUGCUUUAUAUGCUGUUCCUAAGCAGGGCAUUAAGUCCAAUGGAAUAUUAUUAAACAAUGAGGAAAAUAUGAUAAAUAACAUCACAAAUAGCAUUUCGGGAAAUUUUGAUUGUAAAUCAAUGAUUGAUGAUAAUAUUUCUUUGCGGUACAUGCAGCAAGAUUUGAUCCAAGAGUGUUUAGAUAUGUAUAAAUCUAUUAUGAAUGAUCAUAUGGACUUUGGUUUUCUAAAUGAUUAAACCACACGUUUGCCAC